AUGAGUUCUGCCUCCAGCAAGCCCGGUGAUGGGGAUGCAGAGCAGACCCCACUGGGGCUGGACACCGUGAUCCAGAGGCUGGAGGACACCGUCUUGAGUCCCACGGCCAGCAGAGAAGACCGGGCGCUGACUGUACGUGGGGAAGGCCAGCAGGCUCUGCCCACGCCUGUACCUGCCCGAAUCCGUGAGAUCGUGGCUGGCAGCCUGGGGGACACACCACACCAAGGGGUGCAGGGGCCGCUGACCGCCUCGGCCCGUGUGCAGGAGGAGAAUGAGCUCCUGCAGGACGAGCUGGCCAGGCUGGAGAACCUGCUGGCCCAGGCAGGCACUGAGCAGGACGAGCUGGCCAGCAGGUACCACACGCUCAGUGAGCGGCUACAGGCCCGUCUGGAGACCACCGAGGCUCGGCUGCGGAGGUCGGAGCUAGAGCACAGCGUGGACCUGGAGGAGGCCCUGGGCCGUCUGGAGGCCGCUGAGCAGAGGAGCACCGGUCUCUCGCAGGUGAACACCCUUCUGCGGAAACAGCUGGAGCACAUGAAGAAGGCCAACGACAGGCUGGCCGAGGAGCUGGCCAGGACAGCGGACAGCGUGCUCCAUCUUCAGAGCAAGCUGGAGCUGAAGGAGGCACAGCGCUGGACUGAGAGACAGCGCACACGCUCAGGGGGGCCCCAGGACUUCCUCCUCCUGUGGAGACAGGUCACGGCACUCCGCAUACAGCUGGCCGAGCUACGUGCGACCACAGAGAGGGGUCUCACGGACAUGCAAGCGGAGGCGGCCAGGACGGCCUGGCGCCUGCAAACGGCCUGCCUGAACCUUGACUCCAACCUGCGUCUGUCAGCCAGCAGCGGGGCCAGUGCCCUGGAGCAGCAGGCCCUGCAGGCUGUGCGGCUGGAGCAGCAGCUACGGGACAAGGUGCAGGAGAUGCUCCAGCUGCAGGGCCGCUGGGACGCAGAGAAGGUGGCGCUCCAGGCCAGGGUCUCCAAGCAGACGCUCCUGGUGGAGAAGCUCACAGAGCAAAACUCGAAGAAGGAGGCAACCAUCUCUUCCCUCAGAAUGCAGAUCCAGAAGCUGGUGGCCCGGGCGGAUGCUGGGGGCCCGGAGCUGGCAUGGGGUGGCGGUGCUGGAGCUGAGGAGGCCCGGGGCCCGCUGAGGAGGCCCACGCGCUCUGCGUCCCCCCACCGGGGUGUGUCCCCACCGCGGGCCCGCUCCCCGGACACCCCGGACCCCACACUGCAGGCUGUGCAGACAGCCUUUGGGAGGCAGCGGCUGCAGGAGCAGGAACUGCGCCUGCAGCUGGAGUCCUCGCAGGCCGUGGCCGCCAGGCUCCGGGAGCAGCUGUCCGAGAGCCAGCAGGAGUUGCAGGCCUCAAGGAGGCUCCUGCAGGAGCAGGUGCGGGAGCAGGUGCAGGAGCGCGAGGACCUCCUGCGCAGGCUGCGGACGCAGAGCCGGGAGGCACAGCACUGCAGGGCAACCAGCGAGCUCCUGCGAAGUCAAGGGCGCCUAGAACAGCUGGAGGAGAAGGUCUCGGGGCUCAAGAAGGAGCUGGUGGCAGCCCAGGAGGCACUGAACUCGGCCCGGCUGCAGAGGGACGUCCUGGACAGCGAGAGGGAGGGUCUGCGCAGAGCCCUGGCCCGGGCCGAGUCCAGCAGCACGGACCUGGGACUGCUCGUGACACGGCUGAAGUCGGAGGGGGUGGCGCAGAGGGACUCCCUGGCCAAGAUGGCGGCCCUGAUGGAGGCGCUGGCUCAGGACAAACGCAACCUGAGCCACCUGGUCCUGCAGCUGGAGCAGGAGCGGGACCAGCUGCGGGAGCAGCAGAAGGCGCUGGAGCAGGAGCUGGAGCUCGUGCAGACGGCGCGCGGGGGCCUGCGGCAGGCCUGCGGGCACCUGGAGAAGCAGCUGCAGGGGCAGGCGGCCCGGUUCCAGCAGCAGCAGGACCAGCUGCAGGAGCAGAUGGGCCAGGUCACAUGCAAGAAACAGGCCUUGGAAGAACAGCUGGCCCAGAGCCUGCAGGACCAGGAGGCCCAGAUGGACACUCUGCAGAGGGCCCUGCAGGAGAAGGAGGCUUUGUCUGAGGAGCGGACCCAGCUGCUGGCCAAACAGGAGGCCCUGGAGAGGCAGGUCCAGCUCACAGCUGAGGAGGCAACUGACCUCAGGGCCGAGAGGGACUCUCUGGAGAGCAACCUCUUUGAGACCCACCAGCUGUUGAGGCAGCUACAGGACCAGCGGGAACAGCUGGAGGGAGAGGCCCAGAGCGUGCGGCUUGCUCGGCAGGCCCUGCAAGUGGAAAUGCAGCAGCUGAAAAGUACCUGGGAGGUCCAGGAGACAAAGCUACAGUGGGACGUGGGGCGGCUUCAGCGGCAAGUGGUACAGCAGGAGCGGGAGAUGCAGCUGGCCCUGGAGAGCCAGGCGCUGGCCCACCACGAGGACCUGGCUCGGCUCCAGAGGGAGAAGGAGACGCUGAGUCUGUCUCUGACAGAGGAGAAGGAAGUGGCAGCUCGCUGUUUGGAACAGGAGAAGAAGCUGGUAGCAAAGAAUGUAGCCAAGAGGGAGGCUCUGAAGGAGGAAAUCCAGAGCUUGAAGCACGAGAGGGACAAGAGUCUCCUCCAACUGGAACAUGAGAUGCAGCAGGCCCUGUCACUGAAAGAAGCAGAGGGGAGGCUGCUGAGGGAAGAGCUCUCCAGGUCCAUGCAGGAGCUGGAACAGGUGCAGCAGAAGGCCCAGAGCCAGCAUGAGCAAGCCGAGGCCACCAUCAGCGCCACGACCACAGAGCUGAAGGCCCUGCAGGCCCAGUUUGAGGACGCCAUCUCGGCCCAUCAGAGAGAGGCCUCGGCUUUGGGCGAGAGUCUCCGGAAGAUGGCGGCAGAGCGAAGCAACGCCAGGAGAGAAGAAGUCUCUAUGGGAGAUGCUAUAGACCCCAGCUGUGACGUGCUGCUCAGUUUUCAGAGGUCCAAGGAAGAAGGGGAGCAGAAGGUGCUGGUCCUGGAGGAGGCCCGAGCCGUGGCCCAGAAGGAGGCCUGUGAGCUGCGGGCCAGGCUGAGGGAGGUGGAGCAGGCUCGGGCAGAGGCCCACCGGGAGCUCCAGGAGCUGGGCAGGCAGGCUGCAGCGGAGCUCCAGGACAUGGCCUUGCUGCCUGUGUCUUUGGAAGCCACCAGCUGGAGGGCCCUGCUUGGACCCAUGGGGCGCCAGGGGGUGAACAUGCUGGAGGCUGAGAACUGGAGAAAGAGCCACGAGGUGAGCCAGCUGCAGGUCCGGGGCGCUCAGGACACCCAGCAGCAGCAGCAGAGCCAGCGGGAGGGGCUGCAGGCACAGAGGUUGGCCACGGAGGCGGCCUGUGAGGGCACCCAGAGGGAGGUCCUGAGGCUGCAGCAGAAACUGGCGGAGGUGGAGGCCGCAGCAGAGGCUCAGAAGCAGCGGCCGGAGGAGCGUCUCUGCCAGAGCCAGGGGGCCGAGCACACCGUCCAGGCCGAGCUUCGCACCACCCCCAGGAGGCUGCAGCAGGCCGCGGGUGCGGCUGAGGGCCUGCAGGCUCGCCUGGACGAGGCCUGCUGCCAGGUCCACAGCCUAGAGCAGGCGCUAGCUCAGGCUGAGGGUGCCAGGCGGGAUUCGGAGGGCCAGCUGAGCCGGCUGUGGUCCACGCUGUGCCGUGGCCUGGGGCUCCGGGGACAGAGACCCUCAGGCUUCCCCGAGCGGCCCAGCCUCCCCAGGAAAGGCUCAGAUGGCAUCCAGGCUCACUCCCCGCGGCAGAGGGCCAGCCCCCCCGCCCGGUCCCGCUCCCCACUGCGAUGGCCCUCACCUACACCUGGGGACCACAGCCUGGAGGUGGACGUGGACUCUGUGUGGGACGCCCUGAGGGACUUGGUGCAGCAGCUGCAGGAUGCCCAGAGGGAACGGGAUGACUGGCACUUCCAGGCGGUAAGCCUGAGCGGCCGGCUGAGUGAGGCAGAGAGCGAGCGGGCCCAAGCCCAGAGCCGUGUGCGGCAGCUACAGAAGGCGCGGGCAGACGCGGAGGAAGGUUGGCGCCAGGCAGAGGCCGAGAUGAGCAGCACCCAGGCAGCGCGGGCCCUGCAGGAGGAGGCGCUCCAGAGGCUGGAGCUCAAGUACCUGGCGAGCACGCAGGCGGCCAGCCAGGAGAAGCGGAGGCUGCAGGAGCAACUGGAUGCGCUGCACAGGGCCCUGGAUGAGAGCAGAAGGCACGGCCAGGGCCUGGCCCAGAGAGGGAAGCUGCUGGAGGAGCAGGUCGCCCGCCUGCAGCGCAGAUGCCAGGAGCCCUUGCCGCAGAUGGAGCAGGAGAUGCUAAGGAAGGAAGGGGACACGGCCCGGCCAGGGGCCAAGAAGGAAGUGGCCAGUCUGAAGAAGUAGCUGGACCAGGAGGUGCCUCGGCAGCAACAAGCCUGCCUCGGCCAGGCCUCCCUGCCCAAAAAGUGA